UGUCACAGACGAAGAGUGAAGAGCAGAGAGUCUCUGCAGGUCUCUAGGACAAAAUUUGGCACAUCCUGGGUUGGUGGGCAAUGCUCCGAAUUUCUUGCAACCUAUAACAGUCUUACAGACAAACACCUAGUCGGAUAUUUCAGCAAUGCCAGGAUAAGACGACAUCUUCGGAAGGCAGGACUGAUCUCAAGGAGUGGACGAAUAAUACCUGAGAAAGAAUACCGUCUCAAUGCCAUGAGGAGGGAUCACCAGAGAGAUGUCCAGGAGUGCUUGGCUGAUGCCAUAUUUCAGAAGGUCCUUGACAUGGAGCGUCAUCAUCAGCUGGAGACAAAAAGGAGUCUUGAAUGUUCUGUGAGGAAAGAGAGGAUGCAGCCAAUCAAGGUGGAGGAAUUCAGAGCAUCGCUGGAGAAUGUCAUCCGUGUGCACUGCCCACACCCACCGCUCACUCCCAGGAGCCAGCACCAGCUCGGUGCCUUGGUGGCUGCAGAGCGGCCUGGUCGCUCACAGUGGAGGACACCUGGACUUGGAGUUGAUUGUGGUGGUGGACAUUGUCCUCAUCAGCACCGAACCAAGAAGCGUGCCUCCUCUAAGGUGAGUCCAGGAAAUACGCAGCAGCCCCCUCUCCUCCAGCCCCUUCACGGCUGGACUGCAGCAGGGUCUGUACCAAAGGCUUCCAAACAGAAGUGCCAUGCACAUGAGCAGCAGUUUGCCCGUGGGGGGGAGAGGAGUGAGUUAAGUCUUCUGAAUUCAGUGGAGUACAUGAGUGGUGUGUCACCGUGUCAGCUCCCGCUCAUCCACUCCUGUGUGGUGCCGGUGCCGCCGCCCCGCCUGCGCAGAGGGCACAGGCGCGUCCCUCCGCUCAGAAUUGGGCUGCCCAUGUGCAGACGGUUUCAUCCCACCACUGCCUUCAAUGAGCAAAUUUUAAUCAAGAAUACUAGAGGGUACCCCAAGUCCCCGUUAUGCAGCAAUGCCUUGGUCACCAUGAUCUACCUGGGAAAGAGCAGGAAUGUGUCUCUCUGUGAAUACAUGGAUGAAGUCAAAAUCUUUCAGCAACACUGUGGAACAGAAAACAUUUGUGUCUACAAAGGCGAGCUGUUUGAAGGAGAUACCUUCCAGUUCACCUCCAAGAGGCACCUCGGAUUCCCGUUCAGCCUCACCUGUUAUCUCAACGGGCUGCAGGUUGACAGGCUGAGCUCUUGCUGUGAGUACAGAUAUCAGAGCCGUUCCCAGGUGCGAGCCAGGAGCGGCUACUUCAGGGUUCUCCACGUGGCAGGAGCACCUCCUUGCUACAGAUGCAUUCUUGCUAUGGGUCUGGACAAAAAGCUAUUCCCUCCCAAGAGGAAGACUAGGUACCAGGAUGGGAAGCAUGUGUGUUGCUGGGGAAGUGCUGUGCACAGUGAGCCAUGUGUCAGCAGCAUUGGGCAGAAAAGCAAAGACUCAAUGUCAAUGUCAGUCAGCACACGGGGUCGUGAAGCAAGCGUGGGAACUCUCGCAGAAACACUGCAGACUGGAGAGGAGUCCAGCGAAGAAGAAAUGGAAAACCAGUCUUGUCAGGAGAGUGAAGAUAGUCAGGAUGACACCAGUAUAAAUGAAUAUGAUGAAGAUUUUGAAGCAGAUGAAGAAAUUAAUGAAGAGGGACAGACUGGUGAUGAAAUGAAUGGAAUGUCAGAGUCAUCCUCAGAUGAUAAAAACCGUAAUUUAGAUUAUAGGAAAGAGAGUGAAACUUCAUCCCAGAAGGCACUGCAGGCCUCUGACAGUGAGAAAAAUGAAAGUGAUGGAUAUUCUGACAACAAGGACUCUGAAGAUGAUCAACAAGAGAGGAGACCCGCAGACUCUCUCUCAUCCAUGAGCACUCAGUGCAGCACUGAGACUGACUCCCGUGCUGAAAUGGUGACAGAUGAUGUGAAUGGCAAAGAGGAAUGGAAUAUCAAAAGUACAUCUGAUAGAGCAGCACAUGCACACUAUGGAAAUGGGAAUGGGGAGAAGAAACUGCUCAGAAUGGAGGAAAAUCAGGAGAUUUCUGCAUUGGAAGAGAAAGGAAUAGAUGAAGCAGAAAAGACAAAACCAGAAGAUCUUACAGCAAGGGAAGAUACUAGAAUUUUUCAUGAAAACAUAAUGGCAAUGCAGCAUCAAAAUCCUGAGGUUAAUGGGGAAUUCAAACAGCCUGGGUCAGGAGAUAGUAACCUGAAUGAGGAGGAGAAGAAACACUCUCCAGUGCCUUGGGAAAGCAGGGUGUUGAAGAUGGAGGACGGCAAGGAAGAGUCUCCUUGGUGUGAGGAAGGAGGUGUUUUUGAAGAUUGCAAACUAGUACAGGAGGAAAUAGAAAAAACAACUGGAAAUGAUCAUCCUGUGAAUUCUGACCCUGAACCUGGUGAUUCAUGUGCCAAUGAGGAAGAAAAGAGUGCAGCAAAUACAGAGUGUGAUGCCAGUGGAGCAGCAGCAGCUGGAGGUUUCUUGGCAGAAGGGAGGGGAAGCCUGGAUGUGCAGGAGGCAGCAGGACAAGCGGUGCGAGCGGGGCAGGCGGCGGGGCAGGGACGAGCCCUGGAGCAGGACGGUGCUGCUGAGGAAGAUGCUGGCAGAGGAGAGGCCGAAGGAAAAGCUGCACGGGCAGAGGAUUCGCUGCCCCGGGCGGGCACGGGGGCUGCGCUGGAGGAAUCUGCACCUGAGGAAGGCGCCGUGGCAGAAGAACAUCCCAGCGGAAAGGGAGCAGGGGAGGUGGUGAAGUUGGGCACAGAGGUGUCACCUGGGGAGCAGAAGGUGCUGGUGGAGGGGAUGGAGAGAGAGGUGGCACUGGGAGCAGCUGGGGGAGAGGGGCCAGCUGGGGCACUGCCAGGAUGGGAGGCAGACAGAGCCGUGCCCCAGGGGCAGGAGGGGGCUGUGGGGAUCACUGAGGAGGAGGAGGAGGCUGCAGAUGAAGGCCUCAGAGGAGCAGUAGGGUUGCCAGCAGAGGAGGAGAUGGGUGAGCCAGGGUGUGGGGCAGGGGAGUCCUUUGGGCAGGGAGGGUCUGCAGGGAAGGACACUGUGGUGGGUGCUGUGUCAGAGGAAGAGGAGGCUGUGGAGGAUGCUGACGUGGCAGCAGAUGGGAUGGCCAGAGCUGUCAACCCUGAAGGAGAAGAGGCUAUUACAGAAGACAUUUCUGAAGGGGAAGAGGCUAUGGGGAAGCCUGGGGCUCUCUGGGAAGCACUGGGGGAUGUGGAAACAGGAGAAGCAAUGCCUGGAGGGGAAGGGUUUGUAAAGCCAAGUGAGUUUUCCCAGCUGAAAGGAUCAGGGGAAGAGUGGAUGGAGGUGGGGAAAGCUGUCGCAGGAGCAGCAGCACUUGAGAGUGCUCAGGCAUGGGAGGUGGGAGGGAGCACUCUCCAGAUAGAGGAGAACACGAUGGAAAAGUCCUUGGAGGCUGAAAAGGGUCCUGUACUGCAAGUGGCACCUGGGUUCGGGGCACUGGGGGGUGUUUGGGGGGAUCCUGUCACUAAAGGGCCGUCGCAGGUGGAGGAGACGCCGGCAGCACAGGAGGAGGGGGGUGCAGCAGGAGCACUUCGGGGUGGAAACAGCAAAGCAGAGGCAGAGAGAGCAGUGGAAGGAAAACCCGAAGGAGAGGUGGCGGUGGGAGGGUCUGCAGAGGCUGCCGGAGCGGGCUCGGGAGGUGAAGAGGUGGCCACAGGCGGAGCAGCAGGUUCAGAGGAGCCGGCAGCUCGGACAGAGGGGCGGCUGAGGUGUGGAGAAGGGAGAAGGAAGGGGAGCGCUCCCGGGCAGGCGCUGGGGGGAGAGCGG